AUGCAACUCCUCUCUCUGUACUGCGCCUUUUUCGCCGCGGCGUCUGUCGCCGCUCUGCCCCUCAACAUAGUUUUAGGCGCUUAUUCUCCCGCAGUGGUAGUCGGAGAUGGAGAGAUCUCUUUUGGUGGAGCCGAAGGUGGCGCCGAAGCUGAAAAACUCAUGAAUACCCUCGCAGGGGCAUCUGUUGUAGGAGAAGGUGCAGCUGAGGCUGCGAAAAAAUCCAGCGAGGCUACUCCUACUGAAAAGGCUCCCCCAGCAGUGACGCCUGUCCCAGAAGCCGAGAAGGGUGAUGAAGUCGACGCCGUCGAAACCGGGAGUGAAGAGAAUGCUACGGUUCAGAAGCGCGACAUGGCUGGCUUCACCGCAGCUCUCAACUUCGCUAGUAAUGCUCUGAAGACAAGUCCUGGUAUUGAGCUUGGUACCGGCGAGGGUGGAUCUGGAGUUGGUGUCAUUGUCAAGCCGGGUGUCGAUGCUUCAGGUGCCGUCCCGUCUCCUGCUACGAAACCCGCGGGCGAGAGACGCAACGAGAGUGGGUAG